GGUUCAAAGUCAUUGCUCAUGAUGCAAUUGUGGAGUUAACAACGGUGGGAAAUUUGAAAGUUAACAUUAAAAAAUUAACUGAAAAAAGAAAGAAAGAACAAACAACAAAAAAGGGGUCUUUAACAACUCUAAUAUAAAGUGUUUUCUAAGCUUCCUGUGGAUUAAAUUUUAUUUAGAAAAAAAAGCAUAAAUACGAAAAGACUCCUGCUUGGUGUUUAAAAAAACAAACAACAAAACGUGAAUUUUUAUUAAAGAAUAUAAACAACAACAAUUGUGCAAUAUAUUAAGAAAAGCAAAUAACUAAAACCUAUUUCGAAAAAAGUAUUUUAAACAAAAGUUCCAAAAAAAAAUUUAAUUUUUUCCAAAAAAAAUUCUAAAAUUAUCUGCUAAUUAACAAUAAAUAUAAAGUGUUUUCUUAAGAAAAGAAAAGGCUUGAUUAUAUAACCAAGAAAAGCAAAACAGAAGCUUCAGCAAAGACUUUAUAAAAAAUUCUUAUAAAAAGAUGCGACUCAUUUCUCUACCACACAACAGCAUCGCUAUGCGACCACUCAGCUCUAGUAUUAUCAUAGCUUUAUGCUCUCUUGUCAUUCUCCUGCCCUCGUCAGUCACCGGCCGCAUGGCUUUCGAGAAACUAACAGAUUUCGACUUUGCCGGCACCACUUAUUACAGUGUAAAGAAUCUCUCUCUGUACGAGUGUCAGGGCUGGUGUCGCGAAGAGGCCGAUUGUCAAGCAGCCGCCUUUAGUUUUGUAGUCAAUCCUCUGUCACCCUCGCAGGAGACUCACUGUCAACUGCAGAAUGAUUCAUCGGCUCAUAAUCCUUCGGCCGCUCCUCAACGUUCGGCCAACAUGUAUUAUAUGGUGAAAUUGCAAUUGCGCAGUGAGAAUGUUUGCCAUCGACCCUGGUCCUUUGAGCGUGUGCCCAAUAAGGUUAUACGUGGUAAUGAUAAUGCUCUCAUCUAUACCAGCACCAAGGAAGCUUGUCUCUCGGCCUGUCUUAAUGAAAAGAGAUUCGUGUGUCGUUCGGUGGAAUACGAUUACAAUAGCAUGAAAUGUGUACUCUCCGAUACCGAUAGACGUUCGGGUGGUCAAUUUGUUCAGCUCGUAGAUGCCCAGGGUACCGAUUACUUUGAAAAUCUUUGUCUCAAGCCUCAGCAAGCCUGUAAAACCACUCGCACCUUUGCCAAUGCUCGUGUAGGAGUGUCUGAGGAAAAGGUCGCCCAAUAUGUAGGACUUCACUAUUACACCGAUAAGGAAUUACAAGUCACCUCCGAAUCCGCCUGCCGUUUGGCUUGUGAAAUCGAAUCUGAAUUCUUGUGCCGUUCUUUCUUGUAUUUGGGUCAACCUCAGGGAGCUCAAUACAACUGUCGCCUCUAUCAUUUGGAUCACAAGACCUUGCCCGAUGGUCCCUCUACUUAUUUGAAUCAUGAACGUCCCCUUAUCGAUCAUGGCGAACCAAUUGGUCAAUAUUUUGAAAAUGUUUGUGAUAAGUCGGGUGCUACUACCAAUUCGGCUGUAGGUGGUCCUGUGGGAGGUCCAUCAUCUUUGGAUAAAUUAGAUACUUUGCCCGUUACUUUUGAUACCACCGAGGAUCCUAAUUUGAAUAUUACACGUAAUGAUGUGAAUUGCGAUAAGACUGGUACCUGUUAUGAUGUUUCCGUCCACUGCAAAGACACCCGCAUUGCUGUCCAGGUACGCACCAACAAACCCUUCAAUGGCCGCAUUUACGCUUUGGGUCGUUCGGAAACCUGUAACAUUGAUGUUAUCAACUCUGAUUCCUUCCGUUUGGAUUUGACUAUGGCUGGCCAAGAUUGUAAUACACAAAGUGUGACCGGUGUCUACUCGAAUACCGUGGUAUUGCAACAUCACAGCGUUGUCAUGACCAAGGCCGAUAAAAUCUACAAAGUCAAGUGUACUUAUGAUAUGAAAUCGACCUAUGAAGCUUUCCGUUUUACCGAAAGCUAUGGCGUUAUCUUUCAAUGUAAUGUUAAAUACUGUUUGGGUCCUUGUGAACCUGCUGUGUGUGAAUGGAAUAUGGAAUCGUUUGAAUCAUUGGGCAGAAGACGUCGUCGUUCGGUGGAGAGCAAUGAAACCAAGGAAGCCGAUGAAGAUAUGAACAUUUCCCAAGAGAUUUUGGUUUUGGACUUUGGUGAUGAGAAACGUGAAUUCUUUAAAUCAGAUCCUAGUACAGAUUUUGCUAAAGAUAAAACUGUUACCAUUAUUGAACCCUGCCCCACUAAGACCUCUGUGUUGGCUUUGGCUGUCACCUGUGCUUUGAUGAUACUAUUGUACAUUUCCACCUUGUUUGUGUACUAUAUGAAAAAAUGGAUGCAACCCCAUAAAAUUGUAGCAUAAGUAUUUUCAUUUUAGUUUAAAACUCACUCACACACACACAUACACAUUUUUAACAAUGAAAAACAAUAUUAGUUAACUAACUAUUACUAAAAUUUCUUACUAUUAACAACAAAGCUUAAAGAGAAGUAUAAUAGAUUAUAAGCUUUUUUUGCCAGGCAAGUAAACG